AUCAUAGUGAUACUCAUGACUCAGCUUCUGCUAUAUAAAAGUAUGCACCCUAAACAUAAAAAAGGGAAUACGAUAGACACUACGCAGAAACAUAACUCGGUUCCGAUCCUCAAGGGCGAAACCAGCCCUUAAACCCCCCAAAAACGCAAUGCUAUUGACAUUUCAAUUCACAACUUGGUAACUCUCUCACUAACCCUUGUCCCUGUCUCUCUCACAAAAAUUAUGCAGCCUUGUAGCAGAGAAAUGCAAGGAAUCAACUCUCUCAUAAACGCUUCCCAAAUCUCUCUCCAAGACCUUCACAACGCAAAUCAGAUCCAAAACACACACAUGAACCAACUCAAUCACUUCGACCCAACUUCCCACGAUGACUUCCUCGAGCAAAUGCUAUCUUCUUGCUCAUGGCCUGAGCUCAACCCAAACAAGCCCCUGUGGGACCCUAACAACACCCUCCAUGACAUCAAACACCAUGACCUCUCCGAGGAAACGACACCGUCCAGCGCUGAAAAUGUCGCUUUUCCCUACGACGAACACAACACCUUGGCCUCCAAGUUCCGCAACCACCAGAUCAGCCCCUCCGUGCCAACAACCAAGGCCGCGGCACUCAUGCUUCAGCAACACCUCCUCAUGCCCCAGAUGCCACUUUCGCUGCCCCGAAACGACGUCGUUGACGCCUCCUCCUUCAAGCCUCCCACUCCCGGUGGCGAGGCUUCAGUUCAAGCUCUCUACAACAGUUUCGCCGGAUCUCUCCAUGCUACUACCGGUCAAGCCUCGAACCAGACUCAGCAUUUUCAACAUCCCCAAGGAACUUCGAACCCGAUGCAGGGGCAGAAUUUUGCAGGUGCAGGGGGUGCAACGAACCAAGCUCCGGCGAGUGGGGCCGCCGCUGGCGCCCCGGCUCAGCCGAGGCAGAGGGUUCGAGCCAGGAGAGGUCAGGCCACUGACCCACACAGCAUCGCUGAAAGGUUACGAAGGGAGAGAAUCGCAGAGAGAAUGAAGGCUCUGCAGGAACUGGUUCCCAAUGCCAACAAGACAGACAAGGCAUCCAUGUUGGAUGAGAUCAUCGAUUACGUGAAGUUUCUGCAGCUCCAAGUCAAGGUUCUGAGCAUGAGCAGAUUGGGCGGUGCAGCUGCUGUUGCUCCCCUUGUUGCUGAUAUGUCCUCUGAGGGAGGCGGUGACUGCAUCCAAGCCAAUGGCAACAGUAACGGCGGUGGGGUCCUGAACCGGAACUCCAACAACAACAACAACACCCAAACGACAGCGUCAACCUCAAACGACAGCCUGACCAUGACGGAGCAGCAGGUAGCGAAACUGAUGGAAGAGGAUAUGGGCUCAGCCAUGCAGUACCUCCAAGGCAAGGGCCUCUGCCUCAUGCCAAUUUCCCUCGCCACUGCCAUCUCCACUGCCACGUGUCACAGCAGGAACCCCUUGAUGAACGGCAACAACCAGAUUCCCAACAAUAACGGCGGUGGCAACCACGCAAACCCCGCCGUCCCUUCUAACGGCGAAGGGCCGUCCUCUCCGAGCAUGUCGGUGCUGACGGUGCAGUCGGCCGUAGUGGGUAACGAGGGCCCGGUGAAGGACGCUGCCUCCGUUUCGAAGCCGUGAUGACGGCGUUUAAGUGACUUUUGGUGUGAAAUAGACAAAGCAGACAACA